UUCAUUUCUUCCAAUGCGAAGAACAAAAUGUUUUCAGCUCCCUCCGGCGCAAUGGACCGAAUAGAGAGACAGGAAGAGGCAAAGGGAUAGAAAUCCAUCCCCAGAUCCCAUCGACCCCCAAAUCCUUCUGAGCAGGAUCGAGCGGAAGGCGGGCAGCCAGGCGGAAGCGGAAGGAGCACAGACAGAGGGGUGAGAGCACGGGCGGCAGCGCCUGGACGGACGCCGUGGAUCUCGUCGACGACGUUGGGAGGGUAAGCUCUCUGCUUGGACGGACGCCGUGGAUCUCGGCGACGACGCUGAGUGGUGAAGCAUCGCGGGUGGCGAUGCUUUGCGGGCUUGCGUGAAGGGCGCGCGCAACGAGCUCAGGCGUCCGAUUUCCUGCGCCUGAGCCUGAGCUCGGUUGCCUGAGUCAGGCAGCACAUCAGGACACUAACCAAACAAGCCCUUAGUGCCCAAGGUUUGGAUUGAGCUUGUUUUUGGAAAAGAUUUGCGGGUUCAACUGAAACCCACCUUGCCUAGUGACAUUGAGGAGUGUGCGGCCUUCAUGUCUACCGAUCUUUAGUUUUAGCAGCAAUGAACUGUGUGACUGCGAUAGAUGGAUGUUUAAAGUAGAUCUUUGAUACAUAUCGAUUGUGAUGGAGGGUGCAAGGACUGAAGGCGAUGAGCUUAUUGCCGAUUAUGCUGAUUGCCUCAUGUCCCUGGACACCAACGCACGGUCCAGCCAGAAUGAUAGUCUUAUUCUUGGAGCUCCUAUUGUGGAAGGGGCAACGGCAACUUCGGUUGGAGGCACAACAGAGCAGGAUGUCGUGAAUGAUUUUGCUCCAGCUGAGGACCCGAAGGAACCAGUGCUUGGUAUGACCUUUGAAUCGGACGAGGAUGCAAAGGCCUUCUAUAAUGAGUAUGCCAGGCACCUUGGCUUCCCCUUCCGUGUCGGCAGGUCUCGGCGUGCCAAGGGGACGGAGGAGGUUGUCGUCAUGAAAAGGUUUGUAUGCUCGAGGGAAGGCAGUUACAAGAAGAAGCAGCCAUCGUCAGAUGAGGCUACAAGGAAGCGUGAGAGAAUGUCUAUGCGGGAAGGUUGCAAUGCUAUGAUGGAGGUGGUUAGGGAGUCAGAUCAUUGGGUUGUCUCCAAGCUUGAGAAGGCUCACAACCAUGACCUUGGCACUUGUAGCAAGGUCGGGUAUCUUCGCGCAAGAGGUUUGCUUUGUGCCUCUGAGAAGGUCGCUAUGGUGAGCCCUGAUGGGAUGGUGCUUCUUAGGCAGAAUGUUCUUGGGGAAGGAGGAGACGCGCAGGGCCUCCUUGAUUAUCUCAAGAAGAUGCAAGCCAAUGACCCUGCUUUCUUCCAUGCCAUACAGGUUGACAAGAAUGGCUGUGUGGUGAAUGUUUUCUGGGCUGAUUCUAGGGCCAAAGCAGCUUAUCGGCAUUUUGGUGAUGCUGUCACAUUCGACACGACGUACAAGAAGAACAAGUAUAUGAUGCCCUUUGUUACAUUCUCGGGAGUCAACCAUCAUCUGCAGCCUGUUAUUUUCGGAUGUGCAUUGCUUAUGGAAGAGACUGAGUUCUCAUUUAUUUGGCUGUUUGAAACGUGGCUAGCGGCAAUGGGAGGGAAGGCACCAUGCUCAUUAGUCACUGACCAAAACAGGGCCAUGAAGGCUGCAGUUGGAAAGCUUUUUCCAGAUUCCUGUCACCGUUUCUGCAAGUGGAAUAUUUUGAGUAGAACCAAGCAGAAACUAACCCAUGUAUACACAGAGCAUCCAACCCUACGAGAUGAGCUUGAAAGCUGUGUUCUUCAGUCUGAAACAAUCUCUACAUUCGAAACAACUUGGACCUCAAUCAUUGAAAAAUAUGACUUGAGAAAGAAUUCAUGGCUUCAAGCAAUAUACAAUAUCCGCCAAAAAUGGGUUCCCUUGUACUUGAUGGAUACAUUCUUUGCAGACGUAUCCCCCACACUGAAAAAAGAAACCAUGAAUGAUUUCUACAAGAAGUAUUUCAAUACAAAAACAACGCUUGAAGUUUUUCUUAAUCAAUUUGAUUCGAGGGUGGCAAGCCGAUACGAGGAUGAAGCAAAAGCAGAUAUGGAUGAUUACUUAAAUAAGGCAACUACAAAAACUGCAUCGCUAAUAGAAAAACAGGCAGCAAACACCUACACCAAAGCAGUCUUCAGUAAGUUUCAGGAGGAAUUUACAGAGUCCUUGGGGUAUAUCAUUCAGAAAACUAAAGAUGGCUGCAUAAGCAAAUACAGCAUCACAAAAGAUGAAGAUCCAUCAGACACAUUCUACGUGACUUAUAAUGCUUCCAAUAAGAUGGCAAACUGUAGUUGCAAGUACUUUGAGUUCUCAGGUAUUUUAUGCCGUCAUAUUCUUGGAGUAUACAUAAUAGUUGAUCCCCGUACACUUCCACCUGAUUACUUUUUGAAACGUUGGACAAGGAAGGCUAGAGAUGAUGAUGAUUUGUUAGAAGAUAGCAGCAAUAACCAGCAUGAGGAUGCUUCUUGGUCCAUUACAAGCCGUUACAAUGUCCUAUGUGCUGAUGCCAUGAGAUGUGCUGAGAAAGGGUCUGGAUCAGAGGCAGUCUACAAAGCAGCAAAAGAUAUCAUACAGAAGGCAUACGAAGAGAUUGUUGCUUAUGAAAGAUAUCCUGGUAGGGGAUCUCAAAGGGAUGCUAUAAACAUCAACGAGGAUGUCACAAUACAUGAUGCGAUGAAUGAUCAAUCUAUGCCAGAUUCUGGACGAAAGGUGACUAAUCUAUUAGGCCAGUUUCUUGGUUCCUCUUGGUCUCCAGUCUGAUGUUUUUUGGUCAUUUCUUGGAGGUGGCAAUGCAAUUUACCAACAUCAUGUGCUGUCAUGGGUGGCAUGCAAUAUCUACUUUGAAUUGGCUAGCAGAGAAGCAUUUAGACUUUUAAAAUGAAAUGGGUUUCCAUGAGAUGGUAAAUAGAAAUUAGUGUUAGCACUAUGCAACGUUAUCGUGCAACAUAAAGUUUUCCUGAGUAAUGAAAAUGUUUCAACUUCCAGAAUGUUCUCCACUUGACUGUGUUGAGAACAUGCGCAAUUUUGUGUGAAGAUGGCUCGAUCACCUCUGAACAUAGUCAAGUCUUUUUUGCUUCAAUAAGAUCUUCAUAUGUUGCUGCCUGUAUGCCUGAAGCUACUAAAGGAUGACGUGGCAACAAUACGGAGUUGGAACAUUGCAAGCAACUUGGGUGAUUGGGUCAGAUAAAUUUGAUAACAGAAAAGCAUCUAUGAGUCCCAACUUUCUUCAUUGAGAUCGGCACCUAUUAUGGCUGGCGGUUCAGUUACCAUUCGUAUCAACGGUUGUAGCCUCCAAGAUUCUAGCUGUCCAGAAAGCAGGACUGCAAGUUCAAUGGCAAAAUGCGCUGGGUGGCAUCAAACUACAUUCUGUGCAACUUAAAUGUGCUUAAGCCUAACCUUAGAUGUCAAUGGAAACUGAAUUUUGAUGGACAAGCAGUCAAGAAAGGAUCACAUCAGCGGCAGGAAGUAAAGCAGUGCAAAAUAUGCCGAUGUUAUCCACAGAUUGGGAUUGUAGAGUUCUUUUGGGGUAUUUAACAACUGCGAAGUAAGAUCUAGUGUUGCGGUUCAUGAGCAACCAAACUUGUAGCAACCGGAGAGGGCAGUAUUUUGAUUUUGCAUUUGUGUUGUCUUCUCAUUUUGUAACGGAAGGCGACAGGGACCUGCUGCAUCAGUUAGUUAGUAGCACGAAUCAUCUAUUGAUGCAUUGGUGUUACUCAGAGAACUUGUGAGGGAUUUUUGUCACAGUAACUA